AUAUUUUAUUCAUAUGUUUUUGUCCAUUUCGUAUAUAUAAAGGACAAGAAGCUCCCGUGACUAAGUGAGUGACCAUCGGUGAGUCGAAAAAAGAAGAUGGAGAUGGGAAUGAGGAAGCUCUCUUCGGUGUCGGCUCUUGUAUUCCUUGCAUUGAUAUCGGCUUCAACGACAACCUUGGAAUCAGAGGUCCCUUUCAUGGUGGUUCACAAGAAGGCGUCUCUCUCUAGCAUCAAAUCAGGAGUACAACGCGUCUUUGUCACCAUCGACAUCCACAAUCAAGGAUCCUCAUCAGCCUAUGAUGUAAAUCUGGUAGAUGAUACCUGGAAUUCAAAUCUCUUUGGGAUUGUUAGUGGCAACACUUCAAAUUCAUGGGAAAAGCUUGAUGUUGGUCAAGUUCUGUCACAUUCAUUUGAGUUGAAGAGUAAAACAAAGGGUCUCUUCUAUGGUUCACCAGCUGUUGUUACUCUCCGUGUCCCAUCUAAGGGUGUUAUUCAGGCGUAUUCAACUCCAAUAUUGCCGCUAGAUGUACUAGCAGAGACUAUCCCUGAAAAGAAGCUUGAUUUGGUAAUGCGUCUUUCCGUUAAAAAAGUUACUUGAUUCAUCCACAUUCUUGGCUUGUCUUCUGUAACAAACUAACUUAUUCUAUGUUUCUCAUGGAAUCCAUCUUGAACGCGGCUAAAAAUCAGGCAAAGGUGUGUAAAAAUACUGUAUCUCUUCUCUCAUUCUUUAACGUAGUUUAUAAACAGCGGGUGAAACUUGCAAUAAAACCCUUAUGAAUAUAUAUGUUACCACUUACCAAACAUUCAUCAAAUGUUACACGAUCAUGACCCUUUACGAAGAGUUUAAGCAUCAUACAUUCAUACUUGUGUUAAUCUUCUGGUCUGAUGAUGAUUGUGUUUUUUUUAAUUUGCAGAGAUUGGUGGGUAGAUUUGGAUCUCAAGUCUCAGUGAUUUCGAUUAUUGUGACGUUUGUAUAUUUGAUGGUAACUCCAUCAAAUGGAAGCAAGAAAAAACGUUGAGAUUAAUCUUCUUGAUCUCACCAUUUCUCACCUUUUAAUUUCAUGUUAGCAAAAAAGAUCUCUCUCUUUUUUGGAACCUUUCUCAUUUGUAGUUGACCUUUUUAUUAAUUUCCGUGUCUUUCGAAUCAGACCAA